CGCCAGCUGACCGAGGAGGUUCACGCACCACCUGCAGGAGAGUCGCCCGCCCGCUUCGUGCCGCUUCGUGUCGCUUCGUGUCGGAGACCCUCGCCGACCUACCGGCGCCAGCCCGCGCGCCCCGAGGUGCGGGCGGAAGCGGUGGCUCAGCCUACGGCCGCCCCCAACACCUGCCCGGCUCACUGCCCCCUCCGGCCCCGCCCUCAUGGCCCGGCUCUUGACGGUCACCCUCGGUUGCAUCAGCUUCCUCUACCUGCAGCUCCCAGGCGCGCUGUCCCUCAGCCUGGCCCGGAGCCGGCCGCCCGCGCGACCCAGGGAACCCCCAGCCCGGACUCCUUCCAGUGGCUUGCAGUCCCGGCACCCUGCAGCCCGGCCUGUGGUCUGGAAGCUGCACCAGGCCCUCCAGCCCCAGAGGAGUGCCAGCCUGGCCCCUGCUAUGGGUCAGCCUCUCCGGAAUGGCCCCCGCCGACACUUGGGUCCCCGCAGGCCCCGAGCCCAGCUCCUGCGUGUGGGCUGUGUGCUGGGCACCUGCCAGGUGCAGAACCUCAGCCACCGCCUGUGGCAGCUUGUCGGCUCAGCCGGCCCACACGACUCGGCCCCUGUGGACCCCAGCAGCCCUCACAGCUACGGCUGA